AUGCUAUUAAUUUUUAGCAAAUUUUUGCAACCAAAUUUUCCACAAAAAAGUGUAUUAAGUUUAUCAAAUGCUAUUGUUGGUGCAUCUAUUCUAUCAAUGGCAUAUUGUUUUCAACAAUGUGGAAUUAUUUUAGCAACAUUAUUAAUGAUUAUUUCUGCAUUAAUUACAUCAUAUUCAUGUAAAAUUCUUAUUGCAAGUGCUCAAACAACAAAUUCAACAACCUAUGAAUAUUUAGGUUUACGAGCAAUGGGACGUUCAAUGAAAUUAAUUGUGGAAUUAAGUUCCAUUGGACUUCUAUUUGGUUCAAUUGUAGCUUAUCAAAUGAUUAUUGGUGAUCUUGGUUCAGUAGUUGUUUCACAAAUAUUUAAUAUAACGAAUUCACCAUUAAUAAGAGCUUCAGUAAUCUUAGUAUUGACAUGUACAGUUUCAUUUCCAAUAAGUUUAUCUGAAAGAUUUGAUCAUUUAACACCAAUAUCAAUUCAAUCGAUUUUAUUCUAUCUUCUUUUUGGCAUUUAUACUUUUACUCAAUUAUGGUCAAAUGCAAUGAAGACAUCAUUUAACAUUAGUAAACUUGUUUAUUGGAGAUGGAGUGGAUUAUUUGUUAGUUUACCAAUUAUAUCACUUUCAUUUUCAUGCCAAACAAUGUUAUUCGUAGUUUUUUCGGAAUUAUCUGAUUCAACAUCACAUGCUAUGAAUGAUAUUAUUGACUUAUCAGUUAUACUUGUCGGAUUUAUUUAUUUUAUUUCUGGUCUUUUUGGUUAUUUGGCUUUUUUUUCAAUCUAUGAAUUCAUUCCCGGAAAUAUAAUGCAAAUAUUUCCAAAAAAUUUAUUUCAACAAAUAUUUUUAUGGGGUUUUAUACUUAAUUGUACGACUGGUAUUCCAUUUAUGGUUAAUCCUACACGCGGAAGUUUAUUUACUUUAUGGAAUGAUCGACAACAACAAUCUCUUUUCGGUGAACGUCAUAUUAUACCUCGACGAUUAUUAAUUAUAUUUACAGCAAUUGUCGUUUUUCUACCGACAUUGAUUGCAUUAUGUAUACCAAAUCUCGAAUUUACAUUAGCAUUAACAGGUGCAACAAGUGGACAAUUAAUUUGUUAUAUACUUCCUGCAAUAAUUACUCUUCAUGUGAUGCCAAAUGGAAUAGAUAUUCUUAAGAUAAAAGCAUUAAUGAUACUUGGAAUAGUUUCAUUAAUUAUUUGUACUAUAAUGACAUUUGAAAAAGAAAUUGUAGAUAACAAUAUUACAUUAUCAUCAUCUAUUAUAACCACGAGUAUUAGUAAUGUUAUAAAACCCACGAACGUAUCGAUAACGAGUUUAUCUGACGAAAAAAUUUAUGAUAAAAACUAA